ACAAAAAAAAAAAAAAAAAAAAAAAAAAAACGGAAUAACCCAAAAAUCUUAGGCCUCCGUUUUACCACUCAGCUCUGUCUGUAAACUACACAAUUGGUGACCCUUUUGAAUCAUUCAGCCAUGGCUAGCAAACUAGCCUUCACCCUAGUAGCUCCUACUCGCUCUACUACUACUACUACUAAUCCUUCUAUUCAGAGACCCUUUGUUUCAGUUUCGUCUUCCUCCACCAGAGUUCAGUCGUUUCAGUUCGGCGGCCGGCAGCUCUGCGUACGACGUCGUUUGCUCGUGAUUCCCUCUAAGGCUGCCGCCGACAAACAGCAAGGAAAUGAGGACGUUGUUGAUGGUAACGUCCUGCCAUACUGUAGCAUAGACAAGAAGCAGAAGAAGUCAUUGGGAGAAAUGGAACAAGACUUUCUUCAAGCACUACAAUCAUUUUAUUAUGAUGGAAAAGCUAUUAUGUCAAAUGAGGAAUUUGAUAUUCUCAAGGAAGAGCUAAUGUGGGAAGGCAGCAGCGUUGUCAUGCUAAGUUCUGAUGAACAGAAGUUUUUGGAAGCUUCAAUGGCCUAUGUGUCUGGGAAACCAAUUUUGAGCGACAAAGAGUUUGAUGAAUUGAAGAUGAGACUAAAGGAGCAAGGGAGUGAUAUUGUCGUUGAGGGUCCCAGAUGCAGUCUCCGUACUAGAAAGGUUUACAGUGAUCUGUCUGUUGACUAUUUGAAGAUGCUUCUGCUGAAUGUCCCAGCCACUGUUGUUGCCUUAGGAUUGUUUUUCUUCUUGGAUGAUCUCACUGGUUUUGAAAUCACAUAUCUUUUGGAGCUCCCAGAACCAUUCAGCUUCAUCUUCACAUGGUUUGCUGCCGUGCCAGUCAUAGUUUAUCUAGCCACACAACUCACCAAACUUAUUGUCAAGGAUGUUCUGAUCUUAAAGGGCCCUUGUCCAAACUGUGGUACAGAGAAUCAGUCAUUCUUUGGGUCGAUACUAUCGAUUUCGAACGGUGGUACUACCAACAACUUAAAGUGCUCAAACUGUGGAACUGCGUUGGUAUAUGAUAAGACUACGCGCUUGAUUACUUUGCCGGAAGGAAGCAAUGCUUAGAUUAGAACCGAAACUUGGGAGUGCUUAUAUUGAUCCUCAACUCAAUUACGUAGCAUUAAGUAAAUUCAUAAUCAGCACUUGUAUCGUGUAAGUGUUUUUCUUGUGCUGAAGAAUAAGCUCGACAGUUGCUUUUGGUAAAAGAUCCACAAGUUGAUUGUGAAUACCUCAACAGUUGAUUGUGAAUAUGAAUACACAGAAAAAAAGUAUUAUGAUCGGAUAGUUC